AAGGGGUCAGGUCCACCUACUCCCGUACUCCGCGAAGCGUGAAUCAAGCCGCCGGGCAGCCGCCGACCCGAACGAAACAUCGUCUUCUCUUCAGUGUUCCCACCCCAUCUCAGACCUCAACUACUACUCCAAUCAGGGGAGGAAGCAACCACCACCAGUCGGGGGAGGAAGCGAACCGGACAUGGCGUCGGCGAAGAUAGCGCCGUCGAUGCUCUCAUCGGACUUCGCCAACCUCGCCUCGGAGGCCGAGCGCAUGGUCCGCCUCGGCGCCGACUGGCUCCACAUGGACAUCAUGGAUGGGCACUUCGUUCCUAAUCUGACUAUUGGGGCUCCAGUGAUUCAGAGCUUGAGGAAACACACCAAAGCAUAUUUGGACUGCCAUCUUAUGGUCACAAAUCCUUCAGAUUAUGUAGAACCAUUGGGAAAGGCCGGCGCCUCAGGAUUCACAUUCCAUAUUGAAGUAACCAGAGAAAACUGGCAAGAGCUCAUCCAAAGCAUUAAAUCGAAGGGUAUGAGGCCUGGUGUAUCAUUGAGGCCAGGAACUCCAGUGGAGGAAGUUUUUCCCCUGGUCGAAGCAGCAAAUCCGGUGGAAUUGGUUCUUGUGAUGACAGUUGAACCUGGCUUUGGUGGUCAGAAGUUCAUGCCAGAAAUGAUGGACAAGGUUCGUACACUGAGAAGGAAGUACCCUACCCUUGACAUAGAGGUCGAUGGUGGUCUAGGUCCUUCAACCAUCGAUGUAGCAGCAUCUGCUGGGGCCAACUGCAUUGUCGCUGGAAGCUCCAUAUUUGGCGCUGCUGACCCAGGAGAGGUCAUAUCGGUGCUUAGGAAGAGCGUCGAGGGCCCUCAGAACAAAAGCUGAUUUUUGUAAUAUGCUAUUUCUGCUGUAAACUAGAUCCACUCUGCACGUUGAUCAUAUAAACAGAUCCUCAGAUUGCAAUAAAAACUGUCAAGCGAGAAUAAAAUUCAGUGUUGGCCCUGAUGCCACGGUGUGAGUGUCAUGUAACCACAUUUUCUUUUUUAAAGAACAACCUGAGUGUGUGUUUCCUUAUAUCUUUCUUGUAAAUCUUACUGUGCUGUCAAGAAAGGAUGAAAGAUCUUGCUUGUGCUUUCGUCAA